AUGACUAGAACUGACAAGGUUAUUGGAACCCCUAUAGCUUUGCCAAGGAUAAACGUCGAACGGGAAGUGAUGUCAAGGAAAGAGCGUUGGGAUCAUGGCAAUUGUUCAGAAAUGAACACGUGGACUCAUCUAA